CGGAGGGAGGCAGAAGCGGACGAGCUGGCCGGGCUGGAGGCCUCUCCAUCCGAGUCUAUCAAGUCUAGCCAGUCUGCACAAGCGGCCUACUAUAAAUAGCCACCCACACACACGAGACACUGCCUCGCCUCAAGAACCCCCUUCUCAUCAAGAAUUAAGCUGCGUUUUGCGUCAGGUUGAUCAGAAAAAAGGGGCUGACGGCGACAAAGGGGGGAAGAGGGUUUUCUCGUUGGGGGAAAUGGCGCGCAAUGCGGCGGACAAGGCGACCUCCAUCGACGCGCAGCUGCGGAUGCUGGCGCCCAAGAAGCUCUCGGAGGACGACGAGCUGGUGGAGUACGACGCGCUCCUCAUCGAGCGCUUCCUCUGCAUCCUCCAGGGCCUCCAGGGGGACAAGAUCAGGGAGACGGUCCAGGAAUGCUAUGAGUUAGCUGCUGAGUAUGAACGCACACUUGACCCUAAACAGCUGGAUGAGAUUGGGAAUCUGUUAGCCCGGUUGGAUCCUGAAGACUCCAUCGUGACAACCAAGUCAUUAUCGCACAUGCUUAUCCUGGCAAACUUGGCUGAGGAGGUCCAGAUUGCGUACCGAAGGAGACAGAAACUGAAAAGCGGUGAUUUUGCUGAUGAAAAUUCUGCAACAACUGAAUCAGACAUAGAGGAGACCCUAAAAAGGCUCGUUUGUCAGCUCAACAAGUCGCCGCUGGAAGUAUUUGAUGCCCUCAAGAAUCAAACGGUCGACCUGGUAUUGACUGCACAUCCAACUCAGUCGGUCAGGAGGUCAUUGCUCCAAAAACAUGGCAGGAUAAGGAAUUGCUUAACACAACUUUAUGCAAAAGACAUAACUCCAGAUGAGAAGCAGGAACUUGAUGAGGCGCUUCAGAGAGAGAUUCAAGCUGCCUUCAGAACUGAUGAAAUCCGACGGACACCUCCUACUCCACAGGAUGAAAUGCGUGCUGGAAUGAGUUACUUUCAUGAGACAAUAUGGAAGGGUGUACCCAAGUUCUUACGGAGGGUAGAUACUGCUCUUAAGAACAUUGGCAUAAAAGAGAGAGUGCCUUACAAUGCCCCUCUCAUUCAGUUCUCUUCUUGGAUGGGUGGUGAUCGUGAUGGGAAUCCAAGAGUCACACCAGAGGUCACCAGGGAUGUAUGUUUGUUAGCAAGAAUGAUGGCUGCUAACUUGUACUAUGCACAGAUAGAGGAUCUGAUGUUUGAGGUAAAAUUUAAAAUCUACUAUUCAAACGAGUGCUGUAAUGGUGUAUUGAAGUCUGAAGAUUCUUUCUAUUAUCUGCAGUUAUCUAUGUGGCGCUGCAGUGACGAACUACGCAUAAAAGCUGAUCAAUUACACCGUGCGUCAAAGAAAGACACAACAAAACACUACAUAGAGUUCUGGAAGCAAGUUCCUCCAAGCGAACCCUAUCGUGUAAUACUGAGCGAUGUCAGAGAUAAACUGUACAAUACGCGUGAGCGAUCACGCCAUUUGUUAGCCAGUGGGUUUUCUGAAAUUCCUGAUGACGCAAUCUUCACUGAUGUUGAGCAGUUCUUGGAGCCUCUUGAACUCUGUUACAGGUCCCUCUGUGCCUGUGGUGAUCACACUAUUGCAGAUGGCAAUCUUCUCGACUUUUUGCGGCAAGUGUCAACAUUUGGACUAUCCCUUGUUAGACUAGAUAUCAGGCAAGAAUCUGAAAGACACACUGAUGUUAUGGAUGCCAUAACUAAAUACCUUGGGGUAGGAUCAUACCGUGAAUGGUCAGAGGAGAAACGCCAAGAAUGGCUACUGUUUGAGCUCAAUGGAAAGAGGCCGCUAUUUGGUCCUGAUCUUCCCAAGACAAACGAAGUUGCUGAGGUUGUAGAUACAUUCCAUGUGUUAGCUGAACUUCCCUCUGAUAGCUUUGGUGCGUACGUGAUAUCCAUGGCAACAGCUCCUUCGGAUGUUCUAGCAGUUGAGCUUCUGCAGCGCGAAUGUCAUGUGAAGAAGCCACUGAGAGUUGUGCCGUUGUUUGAAAAACUAGCAGAUUUGGAAGCUGCACCAGCAGCUCUGGCACGACUCUUCUCCGUUGAGUGGUACAGAAACAGAAUCAAUGGAAAACAAGAAGUAAUGAUUGGUUAUUCAGAUUCUGGGAAGGAUGCUGGCCGUUUCUCUGCUGGUUGGCAACUGUACAAAGCUCAAGAGGAGCUUAUUAAGGUUGCUAAGGCUUUUGGGAUUAAGUUGACUAUGUUUCAUGGACGAGGAGGGACUGUUGGAAGAGGUGGGGGUCCUACCCAUCUUGCUAUACUGUCACAACCUCCAGAGACAAUCCAUGGAUCACUUCGGGUAACCGUUCAAGGUGAAGUCAUUGAGCAGUCCUUUGGGGAGGAGCAUUUGUGCUUUAGAAUGCUUCAACGUUUUACAGCUGCUACUCUUGAACAUGGUAUGCAUCCACCAAUCGCACCAAAACCAGAGUGGCGUGCUUUGAUGGAUGAAAUGGCCGUUGUUGCCACAGAAGAAUACCGAUCCAUUGUUUUCCAAGAGCCACGAUUUGUUGAAUAUUUCCGCCUUGCAACACCAGAGCUGGAAUAUGGCAGGAUGAACAUUGGAAGUAGGCCAUCAAAACGGAAGCCAAGUGGAGGCAUCGAAUCACUGCGUGCGAUUCCUUGGAUAUUUGCUUGGACGCAAACCAGAUUCCACCUGCCAGUGUGGCUUGGUUUCGGCGCAGCAUUCAAACAUGUCCUGCAGAAGGAUAUACGUAAUCUUCAAGCCCUUAAGGAGAUGUACAACGAGUGGCCGUUUUUCAGGGUUACAAUAGACUUGGUUGAGAUGGUGUUUGCUAAAGGUGACCCUGGUAUAGCUGCUCUGUAUGACAAGCUGCUGGUUUCUGAUGAUUUAUGGCCGUUUGGGGAGCGUCUUCGAGCAAACUACGAAGAAACAAAGCAACUUCUUCUACAGGUAGCUGGGCACAAGGACCUCCUGGAGGGCGAUCCUUACCUGAGACAGAGCCUGCGGCUCCGUGAUUCUUACAUCACAACGCUGAAUGUCUGCCAAGCCUACACACUGAAGCGUAUCCGGGACCCUAGCUUCCAUUCACAACCCGGGCCUCAUCUGUCCAAGGAGAUCAUGGAGUCCGGGAAGUUGGCCGCCGAGCUCUUGAAGCUCAACCCGACGAGCGAGUAUGCCCCGGGGCUCGAGGACACCCUCAUCCUGACCAUGAAGGGCAUCGCCGCCGGUAUGCAGAACACCGGCUGAAGUGCAAACCUGAAACUGUUAUGUUAUGUGAGAUGGUGUGGUGCAGUAGACGCUUUUGGUGCAUCGUUGUCUUUUAUGUAUGGUCUGGACCAGUUGAGCCAAACUGUGACAUUUGCCUGCUUGGCGCGUUAUGUUAAUUAGUUUCUCUAA